AUGGAGGACGAUAAGUAUUUCAAGUUGUUCGUGAAAUGUGUGGAGGAGAACAAGGUGUUUGAUCUAACAGAGAUCUUAAAGCAGGAACAACUGCAAUCCAGAAAGAUUGAACAAGAAAAAAGAGCUCGAGAGAUCAAGACGAAGAACAAUGGAAAGGAUAAUAACAGAAAUAGAUCUCAAGGUGAAGCUAAAUCUAAAGAUAAAUCCAAGGACAAGGCCAACUCUGGUGAAGGUAAUAUUGCGAUACAGGAGAAGAAAGGAGCAAAGGAAAAGAAGGAAAAAAGAGGGAAAAAAGGCAAAGAGAAGAACAAAAUUGAUGUUAAAGCUAAAGAGGUAGAAAUGAGCUUAACUUCAAACGAAACACAUGGCACAGUCGAGUCUUUGAGGAAGAAAUUUGAAGCUUUGAGUCACACAGAGUACACAUCUAACCAGCUAGCAUUAGGACAAUUAUCUCCAAUGAGAAUUUCAGAACAAGCACCAAACUUAUCACGGCAAGAAAUUUCACAACCAUUACAGCUUAAAAAUGAAAACAACAUUGAUUUGUCAGGAAGAGUCAUCAAAACCCCUGUAAGUAGAAGAGCUCAAUUACCAGUGGUGCCAGAAAUGAAAGGACACAGACAAAUGGUAUCCGAACAAUCGAAUCAAACACAACCAAAUUCGAAUGAAACUGCACAAAGAAGUUCAUAUGAACAAAACUUCGACAAGCUAAACAUCGACAAGAAAGAGCCUGAUAAUCAAAAUCUUGAUAAGCAAAGCGACAAACCUGGCAAAGCUGAAAAAUCCAAACUGAGGUCCAGAAGGAAUCGACCAAAAGGUAAAAAGGACACCCAAUCUGGAGACUCUGUUCCUAAAGAUAAUGACCCAUCAAAUGAGACAAAAGGUGGAAAUUCCAAUAUACCAAAAAAAGGGCCUAGAAGGGGACCAAGGAAUAAUUCUGAAAGGAAGAGCAAUGGUAGCGACAAGAAGACCAAUGGUAGCGACAAGAAGAACAAUGGAAGCGACAAGAAGAGUAAUGAAAACGACAAGAAAACCAGCGGAGGCGGUAAAAAGACCAACCUGAGUGAUACAAAGAGUGACAAGAACAGUAAAAAUAACGAUCCUGUGGACUUGAAACAAUAUCUCCCUCGACCCAUAGCAAAAGACACCACAUAG